CCUCUGCUUUGACUGUGUGUGGGACAGGAAGCAGCAGCUGAGAACCUGAGCCUGAACUCUGAGCAUCAGUCUUUGAGGCUGCAAAAUGGAUCCAGAGGAUCAUGGUCUUUGUGCUGACACAGCAAAUGUACUAGAACAGAAUGUCAGUUGCCUACAGUACCAAAAUGGAACCGAUGCCCCAGUAUGACCUGUCCAGACUGCCAGAAAACACAGCCCUGAAGCAGCAGACGUUGCCUGCCCACCAUCUAGAAUUUUCUGCCUCGGUGGUCCUCUCUAUCUUUUUUGCCACAGGAGGGUUCUGCCUCUGUAUGGGCAUCAUCCUUCUACUGUCUGCAAAGAGCACCAAGAAAAUUGAGAUUAAUUACACAAACAUAUGUGCAAAUUGUGCUCGGCUACGAGAAGACAGCUCUAAUUUUGACAAAGAGUGCACCUGCUCUGUCCCCUUCUACCUUAUGGAGAAAAUGGAGGGUAAUGUUUAUAUGUACUACAAAUUGUAUGGUUUCUAUCAGAACCUCUAUCGAUAUAUUCUGUCAAGAAGCAAUAGUCAACUGGUGGGUAAGGAUAUUUGGGAUGUUAGCAACUGUGCCCCGUUCCAGGUGUCCCACAACAACACUCCUAUCGUUCCCUGCGGUGCAAUUGCCAACAGCAUAUUCAAUGAUACCAUAACUCUUUCAUAUCACCUUAAUUCGUCUAUACAUAUAGAAGUCCCGAUGCUAAAGAGCGGGCUUACAUGGUGGACGGAUAAGUAUGUCAAAUUUCGGAACCCAAGAACCAGUGAUCUUGCUAGUGCAUUUGCAGGAAGUGCAAAGCCUCCGCACUGGGCCAGACCUAUCUAUGAGCUAGAUACGGAGGACCCAGGAAACAAUGGCUUCAUCAAUGAGGACUUCAUUGUGUGGAUGCGGACUGCAGCCUUUCCCACGUUCAAAAAACUGUACCGCCGACUCAGACGCGUGCACUACUUUGUCGAUGGCUUACCUGCCGGCAACUACACUUUCAGCAUAUCCUACAAUUUUCCGGUUACCGUGUUCCGAGGAGAAAAAUCUGUUGUUCUUUCCACCCUGACGUGGAUCGGAGGGGGUGGCCUUUUCCUGGGGCUUAUGUACACAGUGACAGGGGCAUUGACAUUGGUGGCCUCUUUUGUCAUCCUGGCAAUUCACCUGAUGCUGAAAAAGAGUAAAAAAGAUUUCCUGUAGGGGCGAAGUCAAGGUUUGAAAAGAAGACUAGCAGAAGGCAAAAGUGGACAAUGAAGUAAAGGAAGUGAAGACCUCCGGCAAAGCUGAAAUAUUUCGGAGUCAUCUCAACAGGGGGUUACUGGAUUGACUGAAUCCAAUAUCAUCUCAACUAUAUGGAUAAACAAAGAGAUUCCCAGCGCGGGGUGAAGAGAAGGACUAAGGAGGAGGAGGAGGAGGAGAAGGGAAAUAUGUGCAGUAAAAUGUCCUUGGAAUGAAAACAAUAAAUGAUUUUUGAGCUCAAGA